AUGGCCUCGUUCGACCCCGAAGAUACCUCGCUCCGGCUGAACUAUCUGCGGGGUGCCGUCGUCGUCGUUAUCACCGGCAGCGCCGAUGGCAUGGGCCGGGAGGCGGAGAAGGCCGCGCGGCUCGCGGCCGAGUUCUCGGACCGUGUUGCCUUCGUGCCAAUGGGCAUCUGUUCACAUGCUGACACCCUCUCGCUCUUCAAGAAAGCUGUUUCCCUCGGCGGCGGCAUCGAUCACGUCAUCACCAACGGCGCCAUAAUGGAGCAUCCCGGCUAG